GCAGGUAAGCGCGGACUCCAAUUAGUUACAUGAGCUUAUGUACUUGUUGUUUGUAAACUGCAGUGUGCUGUUCCAUUUUCCAAGCUGUGCUGAUCUAUACGGUAAAUGUAAAUGCCUUUGUGCAUAUAUGCCAGUGCACAUCAUUUUUGAGCUUUGUCAUCGAUCAGCCAGGAAAGUGGAAGGACAUACUGCGAAAUAAACCAUUUGACCAUUUGGAGUGCCAUUAGCCAACACAAAUCAAAUGCGUUAAAUUCGCCCCACUUUAUCGAUGACAAGUCUUUAUUUCGCAUUCCAACUAUUUGCAAGUUUGGUUUGUGAUUUCUUUAUUUCGGAAUCCAUUUGUGCCGUAUUAUUCGAUGGGUAAGUCGCCUCGCCGCCAAACUUCUGUUAAUUCGCCAGUCAUGGACAGUGGUGCUUCUACGUCAUCAGCAUCAAAACCCAGCCAGGGUAGCAAUGCAUCAGCCACCGUCAAUACAGCCAGUGAUUUACCAGCCGGUCCUACAGCCACAGGAGCCACCACUCGAGCAUCAUCAGCUGCUGCCAUUGCACGCCAGGAUAACGUGAUCGCCGCUCUACAAAAACGUAUCGCCAUGCUAGAGAUUAGUUUGUCGGCCUCCCAGCCACAAUCACGUGCUGAAACGCUCAACGUGGGUACAUCAAACAAUAAUGUUGCCGCCGAGGUUCAAUCGAGAACACAAUUGCCAACGGUUCAAUUGCCAGAAUCGCAGUCGCCAGCUAUAGCUAACUGUACAGUACCAUUGUCACAGCCUACCGAUAUCCGUUACACGCCGCCGCUAUUUGCUGCAAGUACCGCUGCUGCAAACCACAUGUACAGUUCUACAAUUUUAGGGAUCGAUACUCCUUCGAUUCACUCUAAUUCAACGACUGUUCCUACAUUCGCCAAUACAAGUGCUACGUCUACUCAGUCAUCGAGUUUGCCCAGGAAAUUGCAGGAUUUGCCAGAUUUUUGUGGAAAGCCGGAGGAUUGGCCAAUAUUUUAUACAGCUUUCAUAGAGUCAAGUGCAAUUUAUGGGUACAGCAAUUAUGAGAACAACCAACGAUUAUUAAAGAGCCUAAAAGGAUACGCGCGUGAAGCAGUCAAGUCACUGCUAAUCCAUCCGAACAAUGUCGGUAAUAUAAUUGAAUUAUUAAAGUUUCGGUUUGGGCGCCCUGAGCAGUUAAUCCGCAGCCAGUUGUGUCAGAUAAAGGAAAUCGCACCUAUAUCGGAAAAUGCCAUGAUCAAAAUUAUACCGUUUGCAACGAAGGUAUGUAACAUUUGUGUCUUUUUACAAUCUGCUCAUGGUGGUGACUUACAUUUGUCAAAUCCUACGUUACUCGACGAACUUGUCUCGAAAUUACCAUUGAGCAAACGUGUCGAAUGGGCUAGCUUCGCAGCGCUUCUGCAGCCACAUGCAACAGUAAAACAUUUUAGUGAUUGGCUCUCGAAAUUAGCUAAUAUAAUUUGUACAGUUUGUGAUGACCCAUACAGGGAUUCGAAGGCGCGCAUGGUAUUGCAUACAGUUCAGCCUCAACGAUCUACAAGGUGCCCAAUUUGUCAGGAACAACACAAAGUAGCAGAGUGUGCGCGUUUUUUAGAAUAUUCGGUGCCAAGAAGAUGGACAGAGGCGAAACGACUUCGAUUGUGUUUCGCUUGCCUCAAUUUAGGCCAUUGUACACGCAAUUGCAACCGACGCAUGUUAUGUUCAGUUGAGGGUUGCAGGAGAGUGCAUCAUAAGCUCUUACAUGAAGUUGUAGAGAAUAUUAACAGUUCGUCAAGGCAGUUAAGUCCGCCUAAUGUAAAAACAUAUGCCAAUCGUAAGACUACAUCACCACAUCGUUCACUCAACAGUCAGCAGUCAUCACUAGAAGCAAGAUCAGCAGUUUUAAGUUGCAGUUCUACCGAUAAUAAGCUUCUGUUUCGUAUUCUGCCGGUUACCCUAUACGGAAAUCAAAGGCGUGUUGAGACAUAUGCACUUCUCGAUGAAGGUUCAUCCAUCACAAUGAUCGAUAGUGCUCUUGUUCGAGACUUAGGAAUGCGCGGAAGUGAGCAGUCUUUAAAUGUUCAGUGGUUUGGAGGACAUGUAGCGCAGGAGUCAACGUUUGUAGUGGACUUAUUUAUUAGUGGUGCCGGUAUGCAGAAACAACAUAAACUACGCAACGUGUAUGUUGUGUCGAACCUACAACUUCCCGUACAGAGCUUAAACAGAAACGAUUUGGGUCACGAGUGUGGACACAUAAGCCAACUUCCGGUACAGCCUUACGCCCAGGUCAGGCCCAAGCUGUUGAUUGGUCUUGAUCACUGCCAUUUGGGAUUACCAUUAACAACUAUGAAGGUAAAGGGGCAUGGUCCAUUCAUUGCCAAUACGGAGUUGGGUUGGGUGGUGUUUGGCCCAACAUCAACUACGCUACCAUCUCCUAUUUCAUGUUUACAUGUGAACCGCCAAGCUGAUCAGACACUCCACAAUAUGGUAGCCGAAUUUUUCGACACUGAGAGUUUCGGUGUAAGAGCUGCACCCCUGUUAGAGAGUGAAGAGGACAUCCGCGCCAGAGAUGUUCUGAAGUCUACCACAUGCCGCGUAGAUGGACGUUUUGAAACGGGUCUCAUAUGGAGAAGUAACAACGUUAAGUUACCUGACAGCUAUAAUAUGGCCCUAAAAAGAUUAGUCAGUGUAGAGCGAAAAAUGAGUCGUGAUGUGAAUUUUGCCGCCGAAUACAAGAGCAUCAUGGACUCUUACGUCGCAAAGAAGUAUGCACGAAAACUACCGCCAGCAGAAGCCGCUGUGCAUACGCCUACUACUUGGUAUUUGCCGCACUUUGCCGUUGCUAAUCCCAAUAAACCUGGAAAGCUACGUAUGGUAUUUGACGCCGCUGCUGAGGUAAGUGGAACUUCCCUGAAUUCACAGCUUUUGAAGGGUCCACAAGAAUAUCGCCCAUUGCCAUCGAUAUUAUUUCAUUUUCGCGAGGGUGCUGUUGCUGUGUGUGGAGACAUAAAGGAGAUGUUCCACCAAGUGCUUAUACGGGAAGACGAUAGAUGCGCACAGCGGUUCCUCUGGCGUGGUGGUGAUGCUACUCAACCUCUAGAUGUUUACGAAAUGUGUGUGAUGACGUUUGGUGCAGCCUGUUCACCGUGUGCUGCAAAUUAUGUAAAAAAAGUUAAUGCGCUCGAGCAUCAAGAUGAACACGGAACUAAUUCCCGCGCGGUCAAAGCAAUAUUAGACCACCAUUAUGUCGAUGACUUCGUGGAUAGCUUUAGCUCGGAAGAGGAAGCCAUUUCUGUAUCAAAACAAGUUCGAGCUAUUCAUAUGAAUGCUGGGUUUGAGCUUCGCAAUUUUACAUCCAAUUCACAAAAGGUAGUAGCCGCACUCGAUGGUACUGAUGUCACACGUUCGAUUGGCAAGAAGGAAAGUUUCGUUGGUGAGAGGGUGCUUGGCUUAUUUUGGCAGUCAUCGUCAGACUGUUUUGGCUUCAAAUUGAAAUUCCAUAACGUUGAUGAAGCAGUGAUAAAUGGAGAGAGACGCCCUACUAAAAGAGAACUUCUAAGCAUCGUGAUGUCUAUAUUUGACCCUCUAGGAUUCCUGAGCAAUUUCGUCAUUGGAGCCAAACUACUUAUGCGUGAGCUGUGGAAACACGAUAUACAUUGGAACGAUCCAUUGCCAAACGAUAUUAAUGUCGCAUGGGUGAAGUGGCGCAAACAAUUACCAGAGGUUGUCAAAUAUGCCAUACCUCGUUUCUAUUUUAGAAAUGGUGCACCUCAAAUACUUCAGCUCCAUGUAUUUGUUGAUGCCAGUGAAAAUGCCUUCGCCGCCGUUGCUUAUCUUCGAUCUCAAUCUUCAUCUGGUAAAAUUGAUGUUGCCUUCGUUUGUGCCAAGACGAAGUGUGCGCCAAUGAAACCCCUCACCGUGCCACGCCUUGAACUUCAGGCAGCGGUCUUGGGCACUCGUCUUAUGCAGUGUAUUCGCAAAGAACAUUCUCUCAAGAUCAAAGACUAUAUCCUAUGGAGUGAUUCAAAAACGGUGAUCAAAUGGAUUCAAUGUGAACAUCGACGUUAUAAGCCUUUCGUACAGCACAGAAUAGCAGAGAUAUUGGCCGCUACAAGCAUAUCAAAUUGGAGAUGGUUACCCACUAAGCACAAUGUAGCCGAUGAAGCCACGCGAGCAAAUGAUCGCACCGAUUUUAAUCCAGCAGCGCGUUGGUCACGGGGACCCCCAUUCCUACAGCAGGAUGAGCAAGGAUGGCCCUCUGAAGACGUUAUAGUUACCGGAAAUGAUGAACCUGAUGAAGAACUUCGCUCUAAAUUUACCUUAGUUAUCGUGAGUCAUAACUUUCUAGAUUUUAAUAGAUUUUCUUCUUUUCGAAGAUUGGUAAGAGCCGUUGCCUGGGUCUUACGCUUUGUCGAUAAUUGCCGUCGUCGUGUGCAGCCAGAUCGAUGUUAUGAUUUAACCGCCAAAGAAGUAGAGAACGCCAAACGCCUUUUAUGCCGGAUAGUACAACGUGAAGUAUAUGCAACAGAGUUCCAGUCCAUCGAAAAUGGUCAUGACAUCGCCCAUGACAGCAAGCUGCUGCAACUUUCACCGUACAAAGAUGAGGAAGGCGUUCUCCGAGUACAUGGACGCAUCGACGCUGCCAGCUGGCUUCCAAUCAGCACACGACGUCCUAUUAUUCUACCGCCUGAUCAUCAAUUUACGAAGCUAUUGGUGUUACAUCACCAUAGCGCCAUGUGGCACCAGAACAUAGAGGCUACUAUUGGUGACAUCCGCCGCAGUUAUUGGGUGCCACGACUGAGGAGUUUGUUGCGCAACGUCAUUGCCAGUUGCGCUGUGUGCCGCUUGAAUAAAGCUACUCCGUCAGCGCCAUGGAUGGGGCCGCUUCCGUCAGACAAACUCACUCCUCACGUGCGCCCGUUUAGCUACACUGGACUCGAUUACUUUGGACCAGUAACUAUCACUGUUCGGAGAAGUACUGAGAAGAGAUGGGUUGCACUAUUUACGUGUCUUACAGUGAGAGCUGUGCAUCUUGAGCUGGCUCACGAUUUGAGUACAGACUCCUGCAUUAUUGCCAUACGAAACUUUGUGAAUCGACGAGGUGUGCCCAUAAGAAUUAGGUCAGACAAUGGAAAGAAUUUCGUUGGCGCCGACCGAGAAGCCAAGCGAUUCACUGAAGUGUUCAAUUGUCAUCGCUUACAAAGUGAAUUAUCACAGAAAAACAUCCAGUGGGUGUUUAAUUCACCAUUUAACCCUUCGGAAGGUGGCGCAUGGGAAAGAAUGGUACAGUGCGUCAAGCGAGUUCUACGUCAGACUUUAAAGGAAGUUUCACCAAAGGAGCAUACUCUGAUUAGCUUCCUGAUUGAAGCUGAGAACGUUGUUAACUCUCGUCCACUGACGCAUCUGCCUAUCACCGUCGACCAGGAACAGCCGUUAACUCCUAACGAUUUCAUCCUGGGAGCAGCAAAUACAGCGCAGACCCCUAUAGCAGAUGUCGACUUGGAAAAAACUUGUUUGCUACGUAAGCAGUGGCGUAUCGCUCGCCAAUUGAGGGAUCAUUUUUGGAAGAGGUGGAUUACUGAAUAUCUUCCUACAUUGACCCGCCGUGUAAAAUGGUGUCAACGCACGAAGCCAUUGAAAGAAGGAGACUUGGUGUUCAUAUGCGAUCCUAACGUUCCACGGCGAGAAUGGUGCCGCGGUAGAGUGGAGAAAGUAUACCCUGGGAUUGAUGGCGAGGUGCGAAGAGCAGACAUACGAACUUCCGGAGGACUUAAGCGACGAGCAGUCUCAAAACUAGCCGUUCUGGACAUUGAUGGUGGUGAAUCGGGUUGAUUCACGGGGGUGGGGAUGUUGGCAACUCUUGCCCGAAUACAUAUAUACACAUGUUAAGAUUUAAUUUCUAUGUUUAUUUUACAGUUGAAUGUUUCAUUCUCAUUUAUCUUUAAAUAGUCGUGAGCUUCAUAUUAUGUACAUUAUGCCAACUGUGAAGUUCCCGCUUGCUUGUUUGUGCGAUUUGUAUAUUUGUCAUUUCCCUUUCUUUCGCAUAAGCAGGUAAGCGCGGACUCCAAUUAGUUACAUGAGCUUAUGUACUUGUUGUUUGUAAACUGCAGUGUGCUGUUCCAUUUUCCAAGCUGUGCUGAUCUAUACGGUAAAUGUAAAUGCCUUUGUGCAUAUAUGCCAGUGCACAGCAUUUUUGAGCUUUGUCAUCGAUCAGCCAGGAAAGUGGAAGGGCAUACUGCGGUAAGUAUUGAAUUAUUUGUACAUGCAUAUUUUAACAUACAUCUUUUAGAAAUAAACCAUUUGACCAUUUGGAGUGCCAUUAGCCAACACAAAUCAAAUGCGUUAAAUUCGCCCCACUUUAUCGAUGACAAGC